UCUGCCAUAAUGAGUUCUAACAUGGCCAAGGAACGCGUAUGGCUGGGCUGGCCCGUCGAAGCUUCCUUUCAAGCUUCUCUUUCCUCCAGAAAGUACAACGCUGUUGUUCUGUCCAUUCCGACGCGACAUGUUCACAAUUACUCAGCACAGGAAGCGAUGUGGUUUCAGACAACAUGGGACGUCGUUACUUAACAUUUUAUUGGCUGACACAUUUGUAAACGUGUAUUAAAAGACCCAUGUACCGCCACGUAGUCUUCUUUAUAUAUCUCUUUAAAUUGAGAUUGCCAAAAUAUAAUCUGCCUUUAGUUUAGGUUGUUUCUUUUCUGGUUGGUGGCUGAUUUCCUGGUUUAUAGCGAUCUUCAGCUUCUUUACAAAUCAUCAACCAUUCCUUAACCAGUUCAUCUCACUUUCCAUAACAUCAGUGCCAAGAGAAUACCAAUGGUGAAAAACACAGCAUAUUAUGAUGUAUUGGGUAUCAAUGUUGAUGCAUCUGCAGCUGAAAUCAAGAAGGCUUAUUACCUCAAAGCAAGGCUAGUUCACCCUGAUAAAAAUCCUGGAGAUCCAAAAGCUGCCGAAAAUUUUCAGGCACUUGGUGAGGCUUAUCAGGUUCUAAGUGAUCAUGAAAAGCGUGAAGCAUACGACAAAUAUGGAAAAGCAGGAUUACAACCGGACUCCAUGUUGGAUCCUUCUGCUGUGUUUGGGAUGCUUUUUGGAAGUGAAUUCUUUGAGGAAUAUGUUGGCCAACUAGCACUGGCUUCUUUGUCAUCUGUUGAAAUUGAAGAUGAUUCACUAGAUAAGGAAGCUUGUAUGCAGAAACUUCAGGAAAAGAUGAAGGCACUUCAGAAAGAAAGGGAAGAAAAGCUCAUCACAAUACUGAAAAAUCGCCUUCAGCCAUUUGUUGAAGGUCAAACUGAUGAGUUCAGUAAUUGGGCAAAUUCAGAAGCACGGCGACUUUCAAAAGCUGCUUUUGGUGAAGCUAUGCUACAUACUAUUGGGUACAUUUACACAAGGAAAGCUGCAAAGGAACUUGGAAAAGACAAGCGUUAUAUGAAGGUACCCUUUUUAGCAGAAUGGGUGCGUGAUAAAGGGCACCGCAUAAAAUCUCAAGUAAUGGCAGCUUCAGGUGCUGUUAGUUUAAUCCAGAUACAAGAUGAGCUGAAGAAAGCGAACCAAGGAGAAAGCAAUGAAGAGAACAUAAUGAAAGCCCUUGAAGAUAAAAAGGAUGCCAUGCUUCAAUCCCUUUGGCAGAUCAAUGUGGUUGAUAUUGAAUCAACUUUAUCUCAUGUCUGCUUAGCAGUACUUAAAGACCCUAGUGUAUCCAAGGAUGUUCUGCUUUUACGGGCAAAAGGGUUGAGAAAACUUGGAGCAAUUUUUCAAGGAGCAAAAGCCGCUUAUAGUAGAGAAAACAGCCUGCGACGUGAAAAUGACAAAGCAAUAAGGGGUGGUUCCUCGUCAUAGUCAUCUUGAUACUCCAUGGAUGUUCACUUCGUUGUUGAUGUUUGUGGUGUGUUAAAAGUAGUUGGCUUUUAUUCUUGUACAAUAUGUCGAAUUUAUUGAGGGUAUUAAUUCAAUAGAAUAUCGAAUUUUAGACAAGAAUUAAUUGCAGUUCAAUGAGCCUAAAACCAUACUACACAAGCUUGUAACUUACUAUUUGCUGAUCAAUUUCAUAAUGUAAACUUGCUCAGAUGUGUGAA